AUGGACUCGACACGAACAAUAUCCGAGCUGAAAUCGGCAUUUGUAUGGAGCCAGGUCCGCAUCCUCUCCGAGCGCCUUGAAUUGCCAGAAGACUGGAGGAACUAUGCUGUGGAGACCGACGAGGGCGAUCUGAGCGACAAGGUGGUGGAAGACGUCCUACACAAAGUCAACGCCGCUGCAAAACAACACAACCGCUUUGUCUAUUCCUCCCAAGCCAUACACCAUAUCGCGCAGCAGAUUGCCAGUCUGUACUGGUCAUCGGUCAAUCAAGAAACGCGCAGCCGGAAUGCCUUUGCGAACGGCAUCGAAAAGACAGUGGAUCUGUCCAGCCACAUAAAUGCCGGGGGCAAGCGACGAGGACAAGACACGGUCAGACUGCAACCCAUCCGCAUACGCUCCGAUUCAAGUUUCAUCUGUCUGACCAUGGUGGUGUGUAACAGAUUCCAGCAGCUCCGGGAGCGCCUCAUUGCGCUCGACGACCAACGACAACUGCAGCGACGGCGCCUAGACCAACUGCAGCACCUGCAGCACUUGCUAGAGCCAUUCCAGGACCCGCAGAAGCAUAUCCAGCCGAACCUUGUCACCCGGGACGGAGAACUGGUACAGGAGCUGGAGAAGAUGCGCAUGCUGGUGGCCCGAGUGAGUGGGCGCAUUGCACAGCAGAAGAAAAGUGGCAGAGGAGUUGAGAGUACAGACGAUUACUCGCUUCCGGGAUCGGAUCGCAGGCUGGCGGCGUUGCUGGAUACGUAG